AUGCCUCCAAGAAAUACAUUUCUUAAGUUUGAAAACUAUAAUAAACAAUUUCCAAUUCCUUUUGUAAUUUAUGCUGAUUUUGAAUGCUUUACUAAACCAAUGAGUAAUUGUUCACCAAAUCCAGAGGAUUCAUACUCUUAUAAUUAUCAAAAACACGAACCAUCAGGUUUUUGUUUUUAUAUCAAAGGAAUAAAUCCAGAUAUAAAAUUUAAACCAAUUAUUUAUACCAAGAAAAAUCCAGAUGAUGACAUUCCUCUUAUUUUUGUGAAUAAAUUAGAAAAAGUUGCAAAUAAAAUUUAUGAAGAUUUUUACAUGAGACCAAAAAGUAUUAAGAUUACUGAAAAACAAUACAAGGAGUACAAUAAAUCUGUAGUUUGCCAUAUUUGCAAAAAAGAUUUACUUCCUGAAGAUAAAGUUUGCGAUCAUUGCCAUUUUACUGGGAAAUAUCGUGGACCAGCUCAUCGUAAUUGUAAUUUACAAUGUCGUAAACCAAUGAUAAUUCCAGUUAUAUUUCAUAAUCUUCAAGGAUACGAUGCACAUUUAUUUAUUAAACAGUUAUCCAAAAUAAAGGGUGAUUUUACAUCUAUUCCUUCAACUGAAGAAAAAUAUAUUUCUUUUUCGAAAAAGGUGAAGGUUGAUGAGUACCAAAACAAAGAUUGAAAAACCAUAUCAUUAAAUUUAGAAUUAAGAUUUAUAGACUCAUUUAAGUUUCUUCAAACCAGUCUUGCCAAUCUUGUAAAAAAUUUACAACCAGAUGAUUUUGUUAAUACUAAAGAAAUAUUCAGGGAUAAAAUAGACCUACUAACUCGUAAAGGUGUUUAUCCAUACGAUUAUGUUUCUUCUAUAUCGAAAUUUGAUGAAACACAACUUCCUCCUCAAAAAGAAUUUUACUCAAAACUAAAUGAUGAAGAUAUAACUGAUGAUGAGUAUCAACAUGCAUUAAAUGUAUGGGAAACUUUUGGGUGUAAGAAUAUACGAGAUUAUCAUGAUCUUUAUCUUAAGUCAGAUGUCCUACUAUUAGCAGAUGUAUUUGAAAACUUUCGAUCAACAUGUCUCCACCAUUACAAUCUUGAUCCAGCACAUUACUACACAUCUCCCGGAUUAGCAUGGGAUGCAUGUCUCAAAGAAACAGGACAAGAAUUACAAUUACUGCAUGAAUAUGAUAUGUUAAUGAUGUUUGAACGUGGAAUUCGAGGAGGAAUAUCACACAUAUCAAAGCGAUAUGCAGAAGCAAAUAAUAAAUAUAUGGAUAAUUACAACCCUAGUAAACCUUCUACUUAUAUUCAACAUCUCGAUGCCAAUAAUCUUUAUGGAUGGGCAAUGUCUCAGCCACUUCCCACAAGUGGGUUCAAAUGGAUGAAAGAUUUAACAGUAAAAGGAGUAAUUGAUAUAUUGGAUAAAAAUAGAAAUCCACUAGUAAAAAAAGGUUAUAUAUUUGAAGUAGAUUUGGAAUACCCAACUGAGUUAUGGAAAAAACAUAAUGAUUAUCCACUUGCACCUGAAAGAUUAAAUAUAGAUGGUGUAGAAAAACUAAUUUGUCAUUUCAAACCAAGAAAAAACUAUGUAGUACAUUUUGUAAAUCUUAGGCAAUAUCUCGAAAUGGGAAUGAUACUUACUGCAGUUCACAGAGGAAUAUCAUUUAACCAGAGCCCAUGGAUGGAGCCUUACAUAAGAAAAAAUACAGAAUUAAGAAAGUGUGCUACAAACAGUUUUGAGAAAGACUUUUUCAAACUGAUGAAUAAUAGCGUUUUUGGAAAAACAAUAGAAAACAUAAGAAAAAGACAAAAAAUAAUACUUGUUGAUGAUCGUGCUAAAGCUUUAAAAUUAUCAAGCCGGCCAAACUUUGAUAGAGCAACAAUAUUUGAUCCCAAUCUUGUUGCUAUUCACAUGAAGAAAUCUGAAGUUUAUUUUAACAAACCCAUAUAUGUCGGUCAAGCUAUUCUUGAUCUUUCAAAAACACUUAUGUUUGAUUUUCACUAUAAUUAUAUACUAAAAAAAUAUUCUUCUAAAAAAACAGCAGGGAGGUUUCGGGGGGAUGCAAUCCACCCGGUUGAGUUGUUGUUUACAGAUACCGAUAGUUUAAUGUAUCAUAUUCAAACAGAUGACUUUUACAAAGAUAUAUCUCAGGAUAUAGAAGAAAAAUUUGACACAUCUGAUUAUCCACCGGAACAUAAAUCUGGGAUACUGACAGGAGUUAACAAAAAAGUAAUUGGAAUGUUUAAAGAUGAAGUAGCAGGAAAACAAAUUACACACUUUGUCGGACUGAGAUCAAAGCUUUACAGUUUUAAAAUCGAAAACUGUAGGGGGGUUUUGGGGGAGAGCAUCCCCCCCAUUAGAAAGUGUAAAGGAAUAAAAAAGAAUGUUGUAAAAAAAGGUAUAAAUUUUGAAGACUAUGUACAAUGUUUAUUUUCUGGAAAGAAACAAAUGAAGUCUAUGAAAAUUAUAAGAAGUGAAAAUCAUGAUAUAUAUUCAAAAGAAAUAAACAAGGUAGCAUUAAGCUGUGAUGAUAACAAGCGAAAAGUAAUGGAAGACAAAAUACAAACUUUAGCACUUAGAUAA